AUGCGCGGCGACGCCUCGUUCGACGCCGCGGUGCGACAGCUCGGUCGAACGAUCACGGGAAAGAAACGCGCGGAUCCAGGGGCGAUGACGUGGGAGGCGCAGUUCGACCAGCUCGGGACGUACGUUCGGAGAUUAGGGCUGGAUCGACCCUCGGACGCGCUGCGCGUGAUUCACGUCGCGGGGACGAAGGGGAAGGGGUCGACGUGCGCGAUGGCGGAGCGGUGCCUGCGAGAGGCGGGGACGCGGUGCGGAACGUUUACGUCGCCGCACUUAGUGGACGUCCGGGAACGAUUUCGCGUGGAUGGGGAACCGGUGAGUCGAGAAGCGUUCGCGCGGGAGUUUUGGUGGAUGCACGACGCGUUGGAGGGGAGUUGUGGGGAUUUAGGGAUGCCGGCGUACUUUCGAUUUUUGACGCUGCUGGGAUUGAGGAUUUUUUCAGAGGCAAAAGUGGAGGCGUGCGUGCUCGAGGUCGGGCUGGGGGGGCGAUUGGACGCGACGAACGUGAUUCGCAAGCCGGUGGUGUGCGGGAUAUCGUCGCUAGGGAUGGAUCACACGGAUAUUUUGGGGGACACUCUGGAGAAGAUUGCGACGGAGAAGGCGGGCAUCAUGAAGCCGGGCGCGCGCGUGUUCACGUCGCCGCAGAAGCCCGAGGCGAUGGCAGCGCUCGAGCGACGCGCGAAAGAGGUAGGGUGUGAGUUAGUGGUUAUCAAAAGCCUCGACGAUUACAAAGAUGGGGAGGAGAUCGAGGUGAGCUUGGCUGGGCCGCACCAACGCGAAAACGCGUCGCUCGCCGUCGCGUUGGUUCGCGAGUGGGCAAACGUGACGAAACAACCUUGGGCGACGGAGAUGGAGGCGAGUUUCCAACGCAACGAGCUCCCGGCUUUCAUGCGCAGAGGUUUGGCGAAGACUGUCUGGCCCGGUCGGUCGCAAGUCAUUGAUGAUCCGGACGAGAAAAAUUUGACAUUUUUUCUCGACGGCGCGCACACCGUCGAAUCGAUGCGACACAGCGCAGUGUGGUUCGCUAAGAGUGCCACCCGGGGAGUCGUGAACUCUACAAGCAGUCACGACAUCAUGAUGUUCAACUGCAUGGAGGAUCGAAAACCGCACGAACUGCUUGAACCGGUCGAUAGUGUCUUCUCCGCGUCGAACGUGUCGCUCGAGCAAACCAUUUUUACGCCGCCGGACAGUUCGACGGGCGGAUUGGAUAAGAGCGCGCUCGCAAAAGCGACGCCAUGGCAAGAGAAGUGCGCGCGGGAGUGGGACGAGAUCAGGGAUAGGCGCGCAACGCUCACGUCUCGGGAUGCGCCUUCCUCAUCGCGAGGCGUUGUGAUGCCGAGCAUUCAGCAAGCGCUUGGCGCCAUCCGCCAGCGCGCUCGCGAAGUGGCCCCGGCGCGCGUCAAUGUGCUUGUCACGGGAAGUCUGUAUCUUGUCGGGGAUGUGCUCAGACAUUUGAGGCGCUUGGCGUGA